UAUGAUCCUCGAAAAGAAUGGGCCAACUGCACCUUUUUAUUAACCAUUCGAGACCAAGCAAACUGCGGCUCAUGCUGGGCAGUCUCUACAGCAGCUGCAAUAACGGAUCGUAUUUGUAUUGCUACCAAAGCUGAAAAACAGGUGUAUAUCUCUGCCACAGACAUUUUGUCAUGCUGCUCAAGAUGCGGUUUCGGAUGUGAUGGAGGCUGGCCUAUCGAGGCUUGGAAGUUUUUCAUAGAUGAUGGAGUCGUCUCUGGAGGAGACUAUCGCACUAAGAGAUGCUGCCGGCCUUACCCGAUUCAUCCAUGCGGACAUCAUGGCAACGAUACCUACUACGGAGAAUGUCCUAGAUCAGCGCCUACUCCACCGUGUAAGAGGAAGUGUCAAGCUGGAUUCAGGAGGCCGUACAGAUUGGACAAACGACACGGUAAAACUGCUUAUACCCUUCCACAAUCGAUUAGAGCCAUCCAAAGGGAUAUCUUGGAGCAUGGCCCUGUUGUAGCCACAUUUGCAGUCUAUGAAGAUUUUAAAGUUUACAAAUCAGGGAUCUAUAAGUAUACCGCUGGCAGCUUGCGAGGCUACCAUGCAGUGAAGAUGAUCGGUUGGGGAACAGAAAAUGGCACCGACUUCUGGCUCAUCGCUAACUCGUGGCAUAACGACUGGGGAGAGAAAGGAUACUUCCGCAUCAUUCGAGGACAGAACGAGUGUGGAAUUGAAGAGGAUAUUUCCGGUGGACUUAUCGACGUAGAUAGCCUCUAA